AUGACAUCCGAAUCAUGGGAUGAGAUGUUUCUCUCCCUUGAGAAACUUAUAUUCAGUUCGUCCACCAAGGUGAGAAUCCCCACCUUGACCAAAAUUGCCGCACUUCUCACGGAGCAGCCUUCGCCGAUCCAGGACUCUGAGGUGCCGAAGAUCGCGGUCCUAUUGUUGAAAACCUACUAUCUGUACCUGGACCUCAAGUCCAGAGCGGCGGUUGUCGCCGUUUUCAUGCUGCUUUUGCAGAGACAGCCGCUCCUCUUGCCCAAGCUCAUCAAGUUUGUGUCUGACAUUGCGCAGUCGGGCAGAAACUUUGCCAUUACGGAUGUGCUCACGUUGUUGGAGUGGAUCAACCGCUUUGCAGUUCAUGCCGCGGAAACGGCGCAAUUUGCCGCACUCGCGCAGGACAUCAUUCUCGGGCAAGCGUACCUUCUCGCGGCCUGUGUCGACCACGCCGCGACUGCACACCAGGACAAGAAGAGAAAGAAGGAGAGCGCAGUGGCCACCACAAAGGCCGCCGUCCAGCAGAUAUUGGCCGCGCCCGAUGCGUUGGCCACCUAUAUCCAGACCUUGACCACAACCAAGCUCCCGCUUCACGUGGCGUUGUCCAUGGUAGCGGUGGUCUCCAACGCCGUCGUAGACCUCCAAGCAUCUGCCCCGGCGCUCCACCAGACCUUUAUCGACACCUGUAAGCCGCUCGUGUUAGAGUUCUACAAUACCCAGGUGGUGUUGGCCAAGUCCGCACCGUCCCAGGACGCACUCGCGCUCUUCGGUCAGGCAUUUGUACACCCAUUCGUGUCUCUCCAAGACCUCCAGCAGACCGUCCCCCAUUUAGAGAAGGCCAAUUUGAGAUCCCCGGAGGUCUCCUUCGGCCACAUCACUUACGAGUUGUUUGCCAACUUGGCGGGGGACAUGAAUCUCCUCUCGGUAUUGACCUCCUCCAAGCUCUUGGCCCAACUCUUGUCGUCCUUGAAGGCGUCCAAGGAAGUUACUAGGGCCGGUGCUUCCGAGACCGCGCGGGUCAUCUUCGCCCAACACUUCUUCGUGAAAUCGGAGGCUGACGAAGCGGAAUCGUUAAAGAUACUUUCCGAGAUCUUUAAAGCCUUAAAGACCGCGUCUAACAUCGACCACAAGUUGGUCUAUGCUCAGGUCAUUGCCGCGUUGCCUACCAGCGAGAAGGUUUCUGCGCAGGUGUUGGCCGAAUUAGUCACCUACGCCGCCAAGGACCAGAACGAAACCACCUUGGCCGCGUUUUUGAGGCCGCUCUUCAAACAUUUCUUUGCCUUUGCUGAUGACAAGGUAUCAACUGCCGUACUCGCUGGCUUGGCUGACAAGAAGCUCAACUUGAGAAAAGCCUGGGCCACUGAACUCGCUCAGGCUGUGGUCAUUCCAGGCUCGCUUGCUUUCCUCAUCAAGGCUUACCCUACGCUUGUAGCUGCGUUAUCCGAGUGCUCCAGUGCCCCAUUGCCGGCUGUGGCCAGUAGGGCGAUUUCUGCUGCCUACGCCACGUUAGCCAUCUCCGCCAUCCCCGAGCUCGCGCAGUUGGCGACCGAUGCCAACGUCUUCGGACUUGCCUUAGCCGACGGUGAAAAGCCCUCCGUUCUUACAAACCCUCGUGUGUACGUCAAGUUGACCUUCACCGAGGACCAGUAUUGGUUUGUCGAGGCGUUAAAGGCCGCCGCUCCCCGCGUCUCCAAGGAAACCGCCCCUGCCUUCACCAAGGCCCUUCUCUACGCAUCCAUGUCCAACAACAUUGCGCUGUCCGUCAAACGGACCGCGAUCACGCUCAUCCGCGAGGCGUACAUUGCCAACCAGGCGUUGAUUGGGAAUGGCAUCACCGAGGGCAUCAAGUCGCUCUUGCUCGGCGAGUUUGCGAAUGUCAGCGAAGACGAAUUGAAGUUCGAGAUGUUUGGCAUCUCUCCGGUGUUGAACUCUCUCACCUUGUGCCACUCCGAGGGCAUCAACUGUUUGAUCAUCGCACACCACCAGGCCGUAAAAUUGAAGAAUGGCUGGGUCGGUUUAUGCCAACGUGCAGGCUUUGACCCAGGCGACGUUGUCAAGGAGAACAAGACAGCCAUUGUGGGCUCAUUGGGUGAGAUUCUCUUGAGAACCACCCGCACCGAGCAGCAGAGCAACAUGCACCACUCCGCCUUGGCGGCGUUGAGCACCGUGGCGUUCAUCGGCUCAGACGAGGUCUCCCCGUUGAUCUUGGAUCUUCUCCAUGACGAUCUCAGAGCGUCCAACUUCGAGUCUAUCACCCCGGAGGAUAUCCGCGUCUGGCAGGGCAAGGAGGGCGAGAUGGUUGUUAAUGUGUUGGACACCAACGAGAAGAAGAAGAAGGUUGAAGACAAAAACUCCAAAGACUACGAAACCAAGAAGUGGGAGGAGAGCGUCAGAAACGAGAUCGCCAAGAAGGCCGUUACCAAGCCAAAGAAGUUGACCAGAGACGAGCAGGCCUUGGUUGGCGACCAGCUUGCCAAGGAGUCUGUCAUUAGGGCCGCCGUCCAGGCCAAGUGUAACUCCUUGCUCAGAGGCGUAGGUGUUAUCAACUCUUUGGCCGAGGAAGCUGGCACCGUCGACAACGGUUACGCCACUUGGUUCCCGCUUGUGGUGAACAUGCUCUUGCCUGUUAUCCAGGGCCCCACCUCCUCCGCUCUUGUCGGCGACUUGGCCGUCAGGGCGUUCUUGAACUUGUCCAACGUCAUCUCCGCCCGACUCGGCGCUGUGCGCUACUUCUUGGGUUCCGCCACCUUGAGACUUCUCGAGGUGAGCAACCUCCCUGAAAACCUCCAGGAAGAAGACUUGUUGGACCUUGUUUCGCGUGUCAUGUUCAGAGUCAAGAUCCUUUCUGACCAAAAACCGUUGGACUCACUCUCGUUGAUCUACAUCCUCCCGUUGUUGAUCAAGGUAUUGGAGAAUGGGCAGAUCGCUGCUGUAAAGAGCUCCACCAAGGCAGCCGUCACUUCGGAAUUCGCGGAUGAGGACAGAGAGGAAGAACAGCUCAUGUUGUCGUUGGAGAUCUUGUCAACCCACAGUGAGUUGUUCGAGGACAGUAAUGUUCCCCGUAAGGAGAUCUUGGCCAUCUUGCUCUCGUUGAUGAAGCUCCCAGCGAAGGCUAAGCUCGCCAAGGAGUGUUUCCUCUCUAUGUGCCAACAUAUUUCCGUCGACACCACUCCAGAGGACAUCCAGAUGCUCUUGCGUGCGACCGUUGCACCGGAAUCCUUUGUCCGUAACGCCGUGUUGGAAGUCUUGGACGCUGAGUUCGACCUUGCCGCCGAGAUGGGCUAUGCCAGUGAGAUCUGGAUCGCUGUCCACGACAACGAGCCGCACAACGCGCUUUUAGCCUCCACCAUCUGGCAAGAGAACAGCUUCAGCGUGGAUGCGGAGUCCCCGGCCAAGUUGAUGGCCUUUUUGGGUAACGCUGACGGGGGGUUGCGCUUGUCUGUCGCGAAAGCGGUCUCCACAGCCAUCAGCUACUUGACCGACUCCGACUCCGCCGUGUUUGCCACCUCCCUUGACGCCUUGCUUGCUCUUUACACCCUCAAGGCCCAGCCUCCAGCGCCGAUCCUCGAUGCCUACGGGGUGGUCAUCAAGGCUUCGACCGAACAAAGGGACACCUGGGAGGAGCGCUCGGGUGUGGCGUUGUCUCUCAAGCUUCUUGCCGGGCUAUUCAGUGAAACGUCGGUCACCAAGUUCUUUGGCUUCCUCAUCGAGCAAAAGGCCUUGGGUGACAAGGAGUCGAUUGUGCGCCAGGAACUUCAGGAUGCCGGUGUGGAGGUGAUCAACGCGACUGGUGCCUCCACCAUCGAGUCCUUGAUCCCUAUUUUCGAGGCCUGCCUCGCGGCUAAGGACGAAGGCAGCCGCAUCCAGGAUCACAUCAGAGAAAGUGUCAUCAUUCUUUACGGUGCCUUGGCUCGUCACUUGGACGCCUCCGACCCUAGAUUGAUCCAGAUUGUUGACAGAUUGGUCAAGACCCUCGAUACCCCUUCGGAAGACGUCCAGUUUGCCGUUUCUGAGUGUCUUGCACCGUUGGUCAAGAUGUUCGAGCCGAAGUUGCCUGCCUACUUUGACAAACUUUUCGAAAAGUUAUUCUCCGGUAAGUCCAUUGCCGUCAGACGUGGUGGUGCCUACGGUAUCGCCGGUUUGGUCAAGGGUGCCGGGAUCAAAGCCUUGGCCAAUAACGACAUCAUCCGUAAUUUGAUCGAUGCCGCUGAAGACAAGAAGGAUCCUAAGCGCAGAGAGGGUGUUGCGUUUGCCUUUGAGUGCUUGUCCCAGUGUUUGGGCAAGUUCUUUGAGCCGUACGUCAUUGAAAUUCUCCCGGUGAUUCUCAAGAGUUUGGGUGACACCGCCCCAGAGGUCCGUGAGGCCACUGACUACGCCACCCGUUCGAUCAUGAAGCACACCACUGGUUUCGGUGUCAAGCAAUUGAUUCCGCUUGCAAUCGAGAACUUGGACCAGGUUGCCUGGAGAUCCAAGAGAGGUUCGGUUGAGUUGCUUGGUUCCAUGGCUUACUUGGACCCGGCGCAGUUGUCCUCCUCCUUGGCCACCAUUGUCCCUGAGAUUGUCAGUGUGUUGAAUGAUUCCCACAAGGAAGUGCGCAAGGCCGCUGAUCAGUCGCUUAAGCGGUUCGGUGAGGUUAUCCGCAACCCAGAGAUCCAGAAGCUUGUGCCUACAUUGAUCAAGGCCAUUGGCGAUCCAACCAAGUACACCGAAGCCGCUCUUGACGACUUGAUCAAGACCCAGUUCGUCCAUUACAUCGAUGGCCCAUCUUUGGCCCUUAUCAUCCAUGUCAUCCACCGUGCCAUGGUGGAGAGAUCCGCCAACACCAAGCGUAAGGCCUGUCAGAUUGUCGGUAACAUGGCUAUUCUUGUAGACACCAAGGAUCUCCUUCCGUACUUGCCACAAUUGGUUAGUGAGUUGGAAAUCUCUAUGGUCGAUCCAGUUUCUGCCACCCGUGCCACUGCGGCCCGUGCCUUGGGUUCCUUGGUUGAAAAGCUCGGUGAAGAACAGUUCCCAGACCUUAUCCCGCGUCUUUUCUUCACCUUGGAAGACGAGUCCAAGGCUGGCGACCGUCUUGGUUCCGCCCAGGCCCUCGCCGAGGUUAUUUCUGGUCUCGGUGUCGGCAAGCUUGACGAAUUGCUUCCAAAGAUUUUGACCGGUGCCACGUCGGUCCGGUCCUACGUCCGUGGUGGCUACAUGCCCUUGUUGUUGUUUCUCCCUGUUUGUUUCGGUAACCAGUUUGCUCCAUACCUUAGCCGUAUCAUUCAGCCAAUUCUUAACGGUUUGGCGGACAUCGAUGAGGCUAUCCGUGACACCGCGUUGCGCGCCGGUAGGUUGAUCGUCCGUAACUACUCCACCAAGGCUGUCGACUUGUUGUUGCCUGAAUUAGAGGCGGGGAUGGCUGAUUCGAGCUACCGUAUCCGUCUUUCCUCUGUCGAACUUACUGGUGAGUUGCUCUACCAGGUUACCGGUAUCAGUGGCAAGACUGAACUCUCCGAGGAACAGUCCGAAGCUUCCGGUACCCUUAACCAGACCCUUAUUGACGUUCUCGGCCAGGACCGCCGGGACCGGAUCUUGGCUUUGCUCUAUGUUUGUAGAACAGACACUGCUAUUUCCGUCAGAAACGCUACCGUGGACAUCUGGAAGUCACUUGUUUCCAACUUACCUCGUACCAUCAAGGAGAUUCUUCCUACCUUAACUCAGAUCAUUGUCCGCAAGCUUGCCUCUUCCGACGAGGUACAGAGAGCGAUCGCCAGUAAUACCCUUACCGAUUUGGGUGAGCGUGCGGGCCGUACGGCUUUCGAGCAGCUCUUGCCUACCUUGGAGGAGUCCUUAAUCACUGCCGACUCGGACUCGAAGCAGGGUAUCUGUAUCGCUGCUGGCUCGCUCUUAGAGUCUGCCAACAUCGACACCAUUGUCGAGUACAAGUCCACCUUUAUCAACAUCAUCCGUGGUACCUUGGUGGACUCUGCGCCAGGCGUUCGUGAAGCUGCUGCUCUUGCUUUCGACAAAUUGCAAGACUCUAUUGGUAACGAGGCGGUGGACGAGGUCUUGCCAUACUUGCUCAGCAUGUUGGAGUCUGACGACUCUGAGAACGCGCUUUCCGCGCUUGAGGAGAUCAUGGCCACCAAGUCCAACAUCAUCUUCCCUAUCCUUAUCCCUACCCUUUUGGCUCCGCCUAUUGACGCCUUCAGAGCCCGCGCUCUUGGUUCGCUUGCGGAGGUUGCGGGCGCUUCUUUGUACAGACGUUUGUCCACCAUUAUCAACGCUUUUGUCGAGACUUUGGUGAACGCCACGGCCGACUCGGAAACCACCGAGCAGAUCAAGAUCUCGUUCGACAAAGUGUUGCUUUCGGUCACUGAAGACGAAGGCUGCCACCCAUUGCUUCAGCAGUUGCUCUCGCUCAUCAAGAAUGACGAUUCCCGCAAGCGUGCUGUCAUCUGUGAACGUUUGGGACCAUUCUUUGCUCACACCACCCUUGACUACUCUAUCUACACCCAGGACAUGCUCACCCAGUUAGUUAUGUUGUUGGACGACAAGGAUGAGGAGGUUGUGAGGCACAACUGGCAGGCAUUGUACGAAUUGGUCAAGCGCCAGUCCAAGGAGUCCAUGGAGAAGUUGGUCAAACCAACUCGUAUCGCUUUGCAUAUGACCGGUGUCAGAGGCACCGACUUGUCUGGUUUCGCCCUUCCAAAGGGGCCAAACUGUAUUUUGCCAAUCUUCUUGCAUGGUUUGAUGUACGGUACCUCUGAACAGCGCGAGCUUUCCGCUUUAGGUAUGGCUGACAUUGUCGAAAAGACUCCAGCGGCAAACUUGAAGCCGUUUGUUACCGUCAUGACCGGGCCUUUGAUCCGUACCAUCGGAGAGAGAUUUUCCAGUGACGUCAAAGCAGCUAUCUUGUACGCUCUUAACAUGUUGUUUGCCAAGAUUCCGCAGUUCUUGCGUCCAUUUAUUCCGCAGUUACAGAGAACCUUUGUCAAAUCCUUAUCCGACCCUACCAACGAGACUUUGCGUACCCGUGCUGCUAAAGCUUUGGGCACUUUGAUUGAACACCAGCCGAGAGUCGACCCGUUGGUCACCGAGUUGGUGUCUGUUGCCAAGGCAGCUGCUGAUGCUGGUGUCAAGACUGCCAUCUUGAAGGCGUUGUUGGAGGUUGUAAGUAAGGCCGGUGAGAAUAUGAGUGAAGCCUCGAAGAACGGUAUCAUGAGUUUAGUCGAGGAGGAAAUCACCUCGGCCAGUGACAAACUCGCUACUGCCUACGCCCGUUUAGUCGGUUCGUUGGCCCGAAUCUUGACCUCUGAGGAGGCUGUGAGGGUCAUCCAGGUGAGAAUUUUGGAUGCCAAGUUGGAUGCCGGUUCCGGUAAGUUUGCAGUGUUGACUCUCAACGCAUUUUUAAAGGAUGCUCCGCGCCACAUCUUCGAGAACAACCUCGCCGUGGAAGUGUCUGAGUUUAUGAUUAACGCUUCCAAUACUGCUUCGCCGUACAUCUGUGACAAUGCGAUUGUGGCUAUGGGUAAGUUUUUGUUGUUGAAGAACCAGUUGGCUGCGCCGGCCCAGUUUGUAUUGCCAAGGAUUGCCAACUCCAAGAUUGAGGAUCCAACCGCUCCGUUUGAGAUUCCGGUCGAGGCUGUGAGUGACGUGGUGCGCCAGUUGUGUGUCACUAUGUUGGAGCCAGCCUCCAACUCUGUUGACUCCAGGCGGUUGUCCUUGGUUUGUAUCAGAACCAUCGCCCGCUUCCAGUACGACGAGGCCAUCCAGCCGUUCUUUGACGCAUUAGGGCCAUCCGUCUUUGCCUGUGUCAGAGACCCGGUUGUUCCAAUCAAGUUGGCCGCCGAAAAAGCUUUCUUGGCGUUGUUCAACUUGGUUGAAGACGAGCAAGCAACUGCUUUCAAUGAAUGGUUCGCUAAAGUUUCCGCUGUGGGCACUACUGUUGAGACUGUGGUUGGUGCUGUUGUACAAUUGAGAUCUAUUGGCGACUACAACAAGAGAGUUGCUAUUAGAUUGGCCGGCGUUGAAAGAGAGAGAAUCGCCUCUGGUGGUGACGAAGAAACCAUGUACUCGGAUAGAUUUGAAGACGAGGGUGAGAUCUGGGCUGUUGGUGGUGUCGAUCUUUCUAAUUAAAUAGUUUUGUAUUGUUUUAAGCAUUUUGUUUCC